AGUCCUAGGGCGGAAGUGUCCGAGUGGAACGGAGAAUGGCGGCGGAAGGCUCGAUUUGGCGCUGGGGCUGGGGCCGGCGGUGCCCGGGGAGGCCUGGGCUUCCCGGUCCCGGCCCUGGCCCCACUACACCUCUGCUUCUUCUCCUGUUGCUGGGGCCGGUUGUUGCGGAUAUAACAGACGGCAACAGUGAACACCUCAAGCGGGAGCAUUCGCUUAUCAAGCCCUACCAAGGGGUCGGUUCCAGCUCCAUGCCCCUCUGGGAUUUCCAAGGCAGCACUAUCCUCACAAGCCAGUACGUGCGUUUGACCCCUGAUGAGCGCAGCAAAGAGGGCUCUAUCUGGAACCACCAGCCUUGCUUCCUCAAGGACUGGGAGAUGCAUGUCCACUUCAAAGUCCAUGGUGCAGGGAAGAAGAAUCUUCAUGGAGAUGGCAUUGCCUUGUGGUAUACCCGGGACCGCCUUGUGCCAGGGCCUGUGUUUGGAAGCAAAGACAACUUCCACGGCCUAGCCAUCUUCUUGGAUACAUAUCCCAAUGAUGAGACUACAGAGCGUGUGUUCCCGUACAUCUCGGUGAUGGUGAACAAUGGCUCCCUGUCCUACGACCAUAGCAAAGAUGGCCGCUGGACCGAGCUGGCGGGCUGCACGGCUGACUUCCGCAACCGUGAUCACGAUACCUUCCUGGCUGUGCGCUACUCCCGGGGCCGUCUGACGGUGAUGACCGACCUAGAGGACAAGAACGAGUGGAAGAAUUGCAUUGACAUCACGGGAGUGCGCCUACCCACUGGCUACUACUUUGGAGCCUCGGCUGGCACUGGAGACCUGUCUGACAAUCAUGACAUCAUCUCCAUGAAACUGUUCCAGCUGAUGGUAGAACAUACGCCUGAUGAAGAGAACAUUGAUUGGACCAAGAUUGAGCCCAGUGUCAAUUUCCUCAAGUCGCCCAAAGACAAUGUGGAUGACCCGACGGGAAACUUCCGCAGCGGGCCCCUGACGGGGUGGCGGGUGUUCCUGCUGUUGCUGUGUGCGCUCCUGGGCAUCAUCGUGUGCGCCGUGGUGGGGGCCGUAGUGUUUCAGAAGCGACAGGAGCGGAACAAGCGAUUCUACUGAGUGGCCGGUGCUUUGCUCUGGGGAAGGCCUUGUUUUGGGCCCCGGCACUAAUGUGAACUUUUUUUUUUUUUUUUUUACUGGGAUUGUAAAAGAAAAACAGGACAACCUUAUUUCUUAACCGUUUCAAAGAAAUAAUUAAAGUAUUUUCGUACAUUUUGCUUCUUGCCCAGCAGGGACAAACUGCAGGGCUGGGGAAUAGGGUUUGGCAUCCCCACACCUGGGGCAGAGUUCCUCGGCCGUUGCCAACAUUUCAGGAGCAGGGAGGAGUCUGUGCCCGGAGCGGGGCCCUGGCAGGUAGCUUUUGAACACUGGAGGGCCCCCCAACCACAUUGGGUGGGUGCCUGAGGAUGCAAGCAGUGAUGUUGUUUUGUGCGGUGUGUGUUGGUGGAAAAGGAGGCUGACUGGGGAACCUGGGCCCUCCUGGUCACCCUCUGAGCUUCUUCCCAAGGCAGACCCUCGAGUCAGGCUGGAGGAGUAAUUUGGUGGGGCUCAGAGUGUGACCGUUUGCUAAAUAAAGUGAAAUAACCAACCUCA